CAAUUCACCCAUCGUACCAAAUUCCGGAGUCACUCCCUACACUACCUGACAGCGGAACAAAACCAAGUGGAUUCUCUCGACACGCUUCUUUACCUACUCCUUUCGUUCCCGCCCGGCAGUGAGAUAGAUAAAACUCUAGGCAACCGUGAUGUUUCGUGCUCAGCAGAACGCUUUUGACGACGCUGUCGCCAAGGCGACGGAUGAGAAUCUUACGUCGGAGAAUUGGGAAUAUAUCUUGGACGUCUGUGACAAGGUCGCUGGGGACGAGUCGGGGCCGAAAGAUGCCGUCGCCGCCCUGAUCAAAAGACUGGCGCACCGGAACGCAAACGUGCAAUUAUACACACUCGAGCUGGGCAACGCGCUCGCGCAGAACUGCGGCCCCAAAAUCCACCGCGAACUCGCUUCGAGAAGUUUCACCGACGCUCUCCUUCGUCUGGCGAAUGACCGUAACACCCAUCAACAAGUCAAGUCGAAAAUCCUCGAGCGCAUGCAGGAAUGGACGGAGAUUUUCGCCAAUAACCCUGAUUUCGGGAUUAUGGAGCAAGCCUACAUGCAGCUCAAGACACAGAACCCUAACCUACAGCCUCCGUCUAAACCGGGAAAGAGGGAGAUCACCGACGUCGAUCGCCAGAAGGAAGAGGAGGAACUCCAGAUGGCGCUUGCGCUUUCGAUCCGGGAGAAACCGACCCCGUCCGGCGCACCGCAGGCCCAGUCUAGUGCUGCAGCUUCUUCCUCCGCUGCCGCCACCGCCGGUGCUGCCGCGGGUCCUGCCGCAGCGGAAGCUCCGCCAUCGCAACCCGUCCCGCCAGGAACGUCAGCCGCCACAGUCUCCCGGGUGAGAGCGCUGUUCGAUUUCCUGCCGUCCGAGCCCGGCGAACUCCAAUUUCGCAAGGGGGAUAUUAUCGCCGUUCUCGAAUCCGUGUACAAGGACUGGUGGAAGGGCUCGCUGCGCGGGCAGACGGGCAUCUUCCCCCUCAACUACGUGGAGAAGCUGCCGGACCCGACGGUGGAGGAGCUGCAGCGGGAGGCGCAUAUGGAGGCAGAUGUGUUCGGCCAGAUCAAGAACGUCGAGAAGCUGUUGACCCUGCUCAGCACGCGGAGCCCCGAUCCCAAUGCGCAGGAUAACGAGGAGAUCACCUCGUUGUAUCACUCGACGCUGGCGAUCCGGCCGAAGUUAAUAGAGCUGAUUGGGAAGUAUUCGCAGAAGAAGGACGAAUUCACCCAGCUCAACGAGAAAUUCAUCAAGGCCCGCCGGGACUAUGAAUCCCUGCUGGAGGCAUCCAUGUCGCAUCCCACGCAGCCCCAAUACGGAAGACCCGGCCAAUCGCCGUAUGGAUACCCACCACAAGCCGCAAUGGGAUAUCCUCAAGGGCAGCCGCCGCACGAUUCCCAGCGCUACUUCAGUCCCCGUCCACAAGACUCCCCGUCCCAACCAACCGGCAACCCAUACUACAACCCCGACCAGCCCCAGCUCCAGCCCACAACCUCGCACUCCCCGGAUCCCCGCAUGCACACACCCCCCGCCGCCACCCCGUACCAACAACAACAAGCCCCAACGGAACCCUACCAACCCGUCUACCACCGCCCCGAAUCCACCUACGACCACCCCCAAGAACUCGGCACAUCGGUCUACGACUCCCCGGUAGACCACCACCCGCCCGCAACCACCACUACCACCGCCCAACGAGCGCCGUACCCGGGCGGCCCGCCACCGUUCCAGCAGCAGCCUGGUGGCUACGCGCCCGACGACCCGGCGACCCCGGGACAGGCACCCUACCCUGCCCCGCCUGCUAGCCAACCUCCACCUGUCCCCGGGACGGCUUCCACGCCGGCGCCUUAUCCAGGGUAUCAGGCUUAUAAGCCAGGGGGGAUGGCCGGGUCGAAUCCGGCUUCUUAUUAUCGAUAAUGUGGAUACACUACUUGUUUUCGGAUUAUGGAUGAUGAAUGGAUGGUGUGGAUUGAUUGACCGAUUGAAUUACUCAAUUAGCUGGAUCGAUUGAAUCGAUUGCAUACC